AUGAGUCUUGAUGUUGAAGCUGGUGCUAAUGUGCCCCCCAUCAAGGUUUACCCAGACAAGUUCGCUGGUCAGGUCGUACUGGUUACAGGAGGCGCGCAGGGCAUUGGUGCUGUCACCGCUGAGCUCUUCAGUGCCCAGGGCGCACAGCUGGUGCUUAUUGAUAUCCAAGAGGAAAAGCUGCAACAGGAAGUUGCUUUGAUCGAGGGACGUGGCGGCAAUGCUACCUACCAUGUUUGCGAUAUCACAAACGAGACGUCGGUCCAAAAUGCCAUCGAUUGGGUGAUUUCCACCUUUCACAAAAUCGACAUUCUGGCCAACAUCGCUGGAAUUUACCCUUCAGCCGACAUCACCGAAACCUCGACCGAAAUGUACCGCCGAACCAUGUCGCUCAAUGUCGACGGCACCUUUUUCCUCACACGCGCGAUACUCCCGUACAUGAGAAAGGCUGGGUAUGGUCGGAUCAUUCACACCGGCUCGACGACCUUCCAGGAGCCAGAGAAAGGCCAGGUUGCCUACGUCACAUCCAAAGCAGCCGUGGUCGGACUGGUCCGGGCAACUUCCAAUGAGGCCGGAGCCGGAGUGACGGUGAACGCUGUCAUGCCCGGGCUGAUCAAGACUGAGGUGGUCUGGAACUACGGGGUUCAACCAGACGGUUCUCAUCCGCUGUUUGACAGUGUGAUCCAGAAGCAAAAUGUUAAGCGAUGUGGAUUGCCUACAGAUGUCGCCCAUGCGUUCUGCUUCGUCGCCAGCCCAGAAGCUUCUUUCAUCACAGGACAAAUUUUCGAUGUUGGCGGCGGUGAGACCUUCCAUUAG